GAUGUUUGUUUCCUCCUCCCCCCCGAGCCAAGACUAUUGGAGCGAGGCGCGUCCCGCCCGGAAACUCGGCGGGAAUCCCAAUGAAAAAAAAAAAAAAAGAUGUCGCUGGAUAUUGACGUCAUCGCGCGAGGGCCAUGACCGCCAUGGCAUCUCACGCUAGCGAGCUUGAAAUUGCAAAGAAGAAUUUAACGGAUGCGAUCGGCGAUAAUGUGAAACACUAUUGGGCAAACCUGAAACUUUGGUUCAAGCAGAAGAUCAGCAAGGAAGAGUUUGACGUUGAGGCACGACGUCUGUUGGCGCAGGAAAAUGUCCACGUUCACAACGACUUCCUCCUGGCCAUUCUGACACGCUGCCAGAUCAUUGUCUCCACUCCUGAGGGCGCCGGGCAGUUACAGUGGCAAGGUGGCUCUGCGUCAAAGCCGGGCAAACCCAAAGGAAAGAAGAAAUGUUCCUCUCGACAGAAAUUUGACCACCGUUUCCAGCCUCAGAACCCCCUGAGCGGCGCGCAGCCGUUCAGCCCGCGGGAGGCGGCGGGCGAGGACGACGAGCUGCGACUGAGCGCCCACACUCUGCUGCUGCCCACGCGGGGCCAACUGGAGGCCCGCAUGAUGGUGACGGCCUUCGAGCUGGGCCUGGAUAACGUCACAGAGGAGGCCGUCGGCGCGAUGACCUGCGCGGUUGAGCACCAUUUGAAAGACCUUCUGACCGCUGUGAUUUCCCGAAGGAAAGCGUACCGCCUCCGGGACGGCCAUUUCCCGUACGCCUUCGGCAGCGACGUGACGCCGCAGCCGUAUCUGAAGAACAGCCUGGCUGCCUACCGCAGCGUCACCGAAUGCCCGCUUCCAAGCGCUUCCCUCCCUGCUGGCCCACCGCCGCAGAUCUCCCCAGAUGAGGCGGAGCAGCAAGCGGUCCACUUGUUGGCUUGUUCUGCCCACAGCCUCCACACGGCCCUGCCGCCUGUCACCAUGUUUGACCUGCUGGAAGCCUUGCAGGUCCACCACGGAGUGAUGCCCUCCCACACCAUGUACGCGCUCAACACGGAGCGCAUCCUGUCGCGGCUCUGGCACCCCAGCCACGAAGAACUGGAACAGGACCGCGUGCACAGGCGGCGACUCGCCGCCAAAGAUGGAGCGGCCGUCGGCUGAGGUCGACACGGGCCGCCCGCGUAACGAAGGAAGUCGUGCGGUGGACACGGGCGCCACGUGGUGCGUCUCGAUGCUGGGCCGGAUGCGACAACGUUGCACUUUGACUGCAAACACGCACAGAAUCAAUCGAUGGAUCAAGAUGGAACGAAGCCGUUGAACGGCAGACUCGUGACCGACUGUCGGCUGGGCCUCUCCUUUAUCAUGCGUGCAGAAAUGAAAUAAGAAUCUUGGAAAUAUGUGAACAAUUCAAGGCCCCUCACGCGCCCCCGUUCAGAUGUCAACGGUAAUAUCGGAUGUUUUCCAUUCCAUCGGUUCGCCGCUAAUCUGCGAUCCUGCAGAAUUUCUCCGCGGUUGCCUUCCCGUCCCCAAAAAUGCUUGCCAUGAGGCCAUCCAUAAUUGCUUCUCCACGUCCGGUUCAAGAGAAUUCUCAUCACUUGGCUGUGAUAUUUUUUUUCCUAUUUUUUGGGGGUGGCCAUUUAGUUGGAUGUCCAAGCCAGAGCCGCUUGUCCUCACAAGGGUCGCGUGAGCGCUGUGCUAGCUAACUUCGGCCGAAAGGCGGACUUCCGUUGACAUAUGUGUGUAUUUUUUUUUUAAUUUACGAGACUUCUCCUUUUUCUGAAUUAUAGAAUUAACAGCACCAGAUAAAUUCUUCCACCGUCCCACGUCAUAUUUUCCCAUUAUUGGUCACACCCGCAUGAAUUGUUCCAAACAGUAUUUUCGUUUUAUUUCCGUAAGCCAUAAAGUCAAAUUCCAGCUGGUUACAUUUCCACUUCUCGGACAAGUUCCUCAAUUAACUUUGCUUUCGCUAAAUUAAUUUCCGCCCCCUUUUUUAAAGAGAGGAAAGUCAAGCUUUGCAUUCUUCACGGAAUCGUCGCUACCCCAUGUAAGUGUUUCUCAAAUGCGAAUGAGGCUCUGUGGAUGCUUCACCACACAUUACUUACUGGUGUGCGUCCGACAGAUGCCCACACGGUUGACAAAUAUGGAUUUUUGGGGGGUAUUUACGCUACACAUAUUACAUUUCUGUCAUCCAAACGCAGUUGGAAGCUCUUUCUAGGCGCUCUUUGAUAAAGGCGGGCCUCGGACCUGGUACAUCUUUACUCUACUCUACCAUCUUUUUUUUUUUUUUUUGGCAGCCAGUUGCCGGAAUUGAAAAUGAUUUCCUUCCAGAAUUUGGUGGCAACUGUGAAGAUAUUUCCGAGGUUGGCCAGUGUUCCCUUUCAGGGUCGCGUGGGCCAUUGAGCGCCCUCAUGCGGCCUGGCGUAAAAAUACAACCUCAGUGGAACUAUUUUUAAAAGCCCCAAAAUUCAAAUACAAACCCUUCACACUGUAUGUUCAAAGAAUUUGUUUAGUUUUGUUUGUAUCAUGUUUUUCUUCAAUGUAUUAUGGCUCUUUUUUUUUUGGUAUUUAAAAAAAAAUCUCAAUUUGAUGGUGAUUUGAGAUAAAAAAAAAAGUGUUAAUCAUGCACUGAAAAAAGUAACAUUUUCAGUUUCUUAAAAUGCAAAUGUUUGGAAUAAUGUUAGUUCAGCCUAUUUGAACCAUCAGCAACACUUGUACAUAUUCAAAGAAUUUAGUAAAAAAAAAAAAAAUCUGAAUCUGAUACUCUACAUUACUUGCACAAUUCAAAUAUGGCAAACUGAUGUAAAUUUCUCUUUUUGAUAACUUUGGUUUACCACGUUUUGAUCAUGUGCAAGUUACUGGUGUACAUAUUCCAAUUAUGUCAAAUCAAAGGACUUUUUCUUUUUCCCCCUCCCCAGUGGCAGAUUUCAAGGGCAAUUCACACUGUGGAAAUCGAAAUGUAUCAAGUAAUUGAGUACGUGUACUUGAACACAUUGUGAAGCAUACUUUUUGGGUGUGAUUUGUCCAGUUUGAGGACAUGUACAUAAAUUGCAAUUGUUGUGUAGUUCUUUGAAGACCUGCCACUCGAAUGCAGUCCCGAAAGCGCAAAAGAGACCAGUUUCUGCUCUGUCAUAUCUAUAUUUUGAUGGAAACGGCCCAGUGUGUGCAUUCAUGGGCAGCGUCAGUGCAGUUUUUAAAUAGAAAUUUCUUUUGUAAAGCUUUUUUUUGUCAAUGUACAGUGUCAGUACAUUAUUUUUUAAAUGUCUGGGGUUUUUUUUUUUUAGUUGUAUGUUUGGGGAAUAAAUGUUUAUUCCUA